CCCAUUGCUGGCCCUAUCCACUCAUCUCCACCACAUAGCCCUCAUCAAUCUGGGCCUUUAUUUUCACCUCCAAUAGACCAUUCACCUCCUAUUUCCACACCUAUUCUAACACCAGCCUUGGAUGAGGACUCCACCGCUACUGGUUCGUCUGCUCCAACCGACAAGGACAUAUCAACGUCACCUAUUGUGACCUGCCGUCGUUCUACUCGUACGCAUCAUCUGCCGUCUGCAAGACUAUGUUUGUCCCACGCUUCCGCCCACUCAAUCGCCAACUUCUUCGCAAGUUCGCUCCUCGGGUACUCGUUUUCCUCUUUCCAAUUUUGUUUCUUAUAAUAAAUUGUCUGCGUCUCACCGUGCUUUUGUAGCUUCCAUAUCUUCUUCCACAGAACCUACUACAUUUGCAGACGCAGUACAAGACCCUCGUUGGCGGGACGCCAUGGACGCUGAACUUGCCGCCUUUGAUGCCAAUAAGACUUGGACCUUGGUUCCUUUGCCUCCAAAUAAAACACCCGUCGGUUGCAAAUGGGUUUACCGCACCAAACACAAGUCUGAUGGGACAGUUGAGCGCUACAAAGCUCAUUUAGUUGCCAAAGGCUUUACUCAGCUAGAAGGUUUGAAUUAUCACGAGACCUUUGCUCCUAUCGCUAAAUUGACCAUUGUUCACUGUCUUUUGGCUGUAGCUGCAAUUUGUAAUUGGUCCUUCAUCAACUUGAUGUCAACAAUGCCUUUCUCCACGGCGAUCUAACCGAAGAUAUUUAUAUGUCUCUACCUCCUAGCCUUGGCAAGCAGGGGGAGGCUCGAGUCUGUCGCUUGCAAAAGUCAAUUUACGGCCUCAAGCAAGCUUCCCGUAAUUGGUUUGCCAAGUUAUCUUCUGCCUUACAAACUGCAGGUUUUAAAGCCUCCAAGGCCGAUUAUUCAUUGUUUACUCAUACGCAUGGUCAAUCUUUUACUGCUAUUCUUGUAUAUGUGGAUGAUAUCAUUGUGACAGGCAAUGAUCCUCAAGCCAUCAGUCAAUUUAAAGCCUUUCUACAAGCUCAAUUUCGCAUAACGGAUCUUGGACCUUUGAAAUAUUUUCUCGGCAUAGAACUUGCUCGUUCUCAUCAAGGUAU